GUUGGGCAGGACCGGCCAUCUCUCUGACACUAUCCUUUUUUUUUUGAGAAGGAUAUCACUCAGUUGACUUAAGGAGGUGUGACAAGCAGAAUUUGUGCAAAACAGCCUACAGAUCUGCACAGAGACAAAUAUGGGGAAUGAGAAUUCCACGAGCAUAGAUGUAACCCAGAAUGGGAAAAUUCCAGAGAAACAUGAAAAUGGAGCAGUAAAUGGCCUUUCUCUGAACAUCACACCUAAUGGACUAACAGUUGAUGUCACUGAUGAAACUGUAAUGCAGCAAAACGUGGAGCCCACAUCACAAGACCCUCCCGAAGAACCGAAUGAGAAAAAUGAUGUGGUUGUGGAAUCUGAGAGUCAACAAACUGACACUCCAGUUACCUCUGAAAAACCAGAAAUCACCCUCCAGAUGGAAGAGGUUAAGACACCCAAGGAAGGAAAAAAAAUCAGUUUUGGCAAAAUAUUCAAAAAGAAGACAGAGAAAGUUAAGGUUGUUCAGGAAAAAGAAACUUCAAGUGAAGAUCAAACAGAUGCAAGUCCUCCUGCUGCUGAUCCAGAGCCAGAAACAGCUAACCUAAAGCAAGAAUCAGAAUCAUUACCGGAGCCAGAGAGGGUGACUGCAGACCCUGGUCCAGAAGAGGAGGGAAAAGCUCCUGAAAGUGACAGUGGAAACAGCCGAGUUGAGGAAAACCAGGAGGAGACUACAACAGAAGAGAAUCCAGUUAUGAACUUCUUCAAAACACUAGUGACUCCCACUAAAACAUCCAAAAAGGAAGCAGCUGCUCCUGAUGCUACAAAAGAUCAGUCCCAGCAGGAGAGCCAACCAGAAGCAGCUGCCACUGCUGCACAAGCAUCUGAACCACCUGCAGCACCCAAAGGAAUGUCUAUCCCACCGCCUCCCCCACCGGAGCCACCGAAGCUGGAAGUCAAAGGAGAGCCAGCUGCUAAACCUGUGAAACCCACACCAAAGGAAGAACCAAAACCUGCUGCGAAAGCAACCGAGUCCCCAAAGGGAAAAUCAGCCAAAGAUACUCUGAGCAAAUUGUUCCGCUCAAAGGUACGGAUAGGGUUCAAGGCAUCCAAAGACAAGGGUUCUUCAAGUGGAGCCAAAGCCGCGACCACAACAGCAGCAGUGAAAAUGGAUGCACCAGAGCCAGCCUUAGAAGUUGAGGUACAGCCAGUUGUAGAAGUACAGGAGACACCAGUGGAGGUACCACAGCCAGUUGUAGAAGUGAAGAUUGAAAAUAAUGCAGACACUCAGGAGACAGCAGCAGAGGUGCCAGAGCCAGUUGUAGAGGAGGAGAAGGUGGAUUCCUCUAAAGCCGGCACCCUGGAGGCCGCCGCCAAGCCUGAACCACCACCACCUGUUCAGGAAGAGAAGAAAGCAGACACAAAGUCAUCCUUCCUUUCUUUCUUCAAACCUAAAGUACUGUUAGACCACAUGACCACAAAAGUCCAAGCAGCCUCUACAAGUGGAGUUCGGCUCCUAAGGAAAACUACUGGAGGGGCUACUGAACCUAAGAAGUCAACCCCUGCUCCACCUGCAGCAGCAGCAGCAGCAGAGGCAGCGCAGCCGGCGAAAACAAAGGAGGAACCUAAAGCAGCUAAGGCGUCUGAGGCAGCUGCAGACAGCAAACCGGCGUCAGCGGCCCCCCAAGGUGCAGAUGAUGCAGCCAACAUCCCCAAAAAGCUGGAGAAGAGAAACUCCAUCCAGCUGUUCUUUAAAAAUCUGGGUCAGAAACGUCAUUCCACAGACGCUGGGGUCCAGACAGAGCCGGCAGUUGCUGCUCCAUCAGCUGAGAAGGCCAAAUGAAACCAAAAAAAAGAAAAAAAGAAAAGAAAAAAAAACCAUCCCAUAUGUUAUGUUAUCCUCUGUACAGACACCAACUCUGUUUCUUUCUUUCUCUCCCUCUGUCUCUCUCUUUCCCAUCACUCUUUCAAACCCCUACUGAACAUUACAAUUAUUUUUACUUAAUUUUUAGUUUUUAUUACAGUUAAAUCUUGUAUUGAGUAAAAGAAAGUGGUGGAAAGGAUAAGAGCAAGUGAACAGUUAAAAAAAAAAAAGAAAAGAAAAGAAAGUGAACUGAUGGAAAUUUGACAUGGCCUACUUAAUAGUAAGGUUGUUGAGAUAUACAUAUAUAUUUUUGGAUCAUAUAAAUGUCUUGACAAGUAUUGCAUGUAGGUGAGAAACAUUUUUCUAUAAUGUGGCUUCUUUCUCUUUUUGCCGCUAAUGACAUACUGGGCUUGUGUAAUUUAACAUGCUUUGCUUUCAGCAGUUAAUGAAGUUGCCCAAGACAUUUAAACACAUUGUAAUAUUUCUUAUUUUAUCACAGAAAAACACACUUGUGUGUCUAUAGAGAAAUUAAUAUGAUAUGAUGUGGGAAAAGACACUCAGAACUACGUGAUAGUAAAAUUAACAGAUAAUGGAAGGGUAAAAACAAGGUGUACUUACAGGUUAUUUUCUCUUAAGAUACAAGUGCACACAUACAUAUCAAGUUUGGUUUAACAGUCAUUUAUUGGGCCAUAUAGGAGAUCACAAUCUUUACUUUUCUGUUGGGAUCUGAUUGUAAGUAUUCAUGUUACAGAUAAACUAAUGCAUCUGGAUUUACAACACAAUACGGUUGUAAAUCAGGUGAAUGUCCUGUGGUAUGUUUUGCAAUAGUCAUAAAUCAUUUGAUUAACUUUUAAUUUGAUUGCAGCACUUUGUUUUAUGAUAUUUAAUGGAUGUCUUGCGUUGUUAUAUGUGGCAUAUGUGAAAUUAAUAUCAUGCUUUGGUUUGCGUAUACUAUAUGUGUAUGUGUACAGUAUCUUCAGAUAUCUUGAAGACAAUAAAUAUCUUCACCCUU